UUUUUGAAACAUCUGCCAUUUCCCACCCUUCUGGAAUGGUAUAAUGAUCUAGAAUGUGGGUUAGGGCCAUGGCAGUGAUGUCACAGAACACAUAGAGUCAGAGGUCCUAUGGAAGAGAAGGAGGAAAAGCGAUGCUGGCAAGGGCUCCACAGGGCAACAUUCCUGACAGCUGUCCUGCUGCUGCUACAAGUGAAGGGGGUGAAGAGUCUGAAGGGCAGCACCAGCCUGGAUGAGGACAGGAGUCAGAGAGAGAAGACGGUCUCUGCAGACCAGGGCCAAGAGCAGUACGAAGAACACUUUGUGGCUUCAUCAGUGGGUGAGCUGUGGCAGGUGAUGGAUAUGGCCCAGCAAGAAGACAUGAUCGCCCAGGCAACAACUAUCCGGGACCACCUCUUCGAUCUAGCCUUCUGCUUCAACCUGGCCAGCAUCAUGAUUUUUUUAUGAGAGACUUUGUGGUGGAAGCAGUAGUCUGGGUCCUGCAUGAGGACUUUGAAGUCUACUUCCCCUUCGUGAUCGCUUACUGACCUCCUCUCCCAGAUGCCUCCUCAAAAUGCACACCCAACUCCCCAGUUUUGAGAAGCACCUGGCCUUAGGGUGCAGCAACACAGCUUUCCCAACUCUCAUUGCCACUACCCGAUUGCCACCCCAACCCAGAAUGUUACUUCCCAGGGCCAAAGACACCAGACCCACACCCUUCUAACUCCUCAGCUUUGUCUGAAACAACAGCUUAGAGGGAGGAGGCAGUGACAAUAAAAUAGCAAUAGCCAUAAAA